AUGGCGGACGGUAUCGUUAUCGCCGAGCAUGGACGGUCCAUCUGGGGCUCCGGCUCCUCCACGCACGUGGUGGAGUCAUACGAGGAGGAGGAGUGGGAGUGCGCAGGCUUGGAACCCUUCUUCUUCGACGUGGCGGAGGCGGUGGCGGACCAUGAGAGGCGGAUGCAGAUUGAGCAAGAGAAUGAGCAAGAGAAGGCGCGCCUGGAGGAUCUGCGCAAACAGAGGAGGCAGGCCUAUGAUCGGAGCCGUGAUUACGAUCCCAAGCAGGGUGGCCGCUACAUGACCCGCUGCUUCUUCUACGACUUCCUCCAAUUCGACGUCGACGAGGAGUCAAGCCUUGGACCAGUGAGAUACACCGAUAAGACCCAAUCGCUGACCUUGGAGGGCCCAAAGCGAGGACUCGUAUUGUUAGAUGAUCUAUUCAUUGAGAUCGAUCUGAAGAUAAAAGAUGUUCGACAAAAGAGUGCUCAACGGGGUAGGGACAGAGAACUCAGUAAAGGAUUUGUAAGGAUCAAGGGCACUGGUCGGAUCCUUGAGAAAUCCCUUGUUGAAAGUAAAUAUCUUGCUACAAGGCUUAGUACAGUUGAAGUCGGGUGUUCAGUUGUGAAAGAUGGCCUUGAGUCUCUUGUUGCUAUUGAAGUUUUACGUGGAGAGUUCAGCGGUAAAAUCACUGCUUGCACUGUGCACGUCCCGCAUAGCCUCCUGCUUCAUGAUAGCAAACUUGGUGGUAAGAAGGUUGGCGGUGUUAAAGGAGUCAUCCAACUUUUGCAGCCUGUCAUAACUGUGGGUAGGGGAGACAAGCUGAUAGUUGUAAUCCAGACUAGCGAUGGCGUUUCUAAGCGCACCGUCGAGUUUACUCGAAGGAUCAGGAGCUCAGAUGAAGAUGUUAUCACUGUUGGUGCCACUAAGAUGCGCGUUAAGGUUUCUUGGUCGGUAAUGGACUGGUAA